CUUUCCCACUGUAGCACAUUUGUCAUUGCGGGACACGAGACGACAGCCACUACCCUAGGGUGGCUUUUAUACGAACUUUCUGCGCAUCCCGAAGAUCAAAGAAAAAUAUGGGAAGAGAUUUCGCAAGCUUGCCUGCAGAACACCAAACUUUCCUCGAACGAGUAUGAUUCGAUGCCAUUUCUAAACGCUGCCAUCAAAGAAAACCUUCGCCUACACCCUAUCGCACCCACCCUUAUGCGUAGGGCAGUUCAAGAUGAUUGCCUUCCACUAUCCGAACCGAUUAUUACCAAGGAUGGGAAGAUCUUGAAAGGCAUUCCUAUCCCCGAAGGACAAACAAUUCAUUGUUCGAUAUACAUGUAUAAUCGGCUGCCGAACAUCUGGGGUCCCGACGCAGAUCAGUGGAAUCCAAACCGAUUUAUUGGCGACAGAGCUCAGCCUCGCACUCUGCUCGGGAUGUAUGGAAAUUUGUGA